AAUUCAUCUCACAUCCACCUUGAUUGGGCUUAGCUGUUGAUAAUGGGCCCAAAUGAUUUUAAAGGUCUUCUAAUGGGCCGUAAGAGCAAUCAUUUCAAAAAUGUACAAACAAAUAGAACGGUGGAUCAGUCAUUGUGGAUAAAUAACACUCUUCUCCUCUGGAGCAGAGCUCCGUCUCUCAUCAAUCCCAGCAAUGGCGUCCUCAGUCGUAUCCUCUUUUCAACCCAGGUCAUCAUUUUUGGGAGAUAGAAACGCGUUCAAGGUCUCAACAACACCACCAUUUACUCAAGUGGGUUUCUCCAGCAAGACCAUCGAGUGCAAGGAAUCAAGAAUAGGAAAGCAACCUAUCUCUGUACCAUCCAAUGUAACCAUCGCAUUAGAAGGUCAAGACUUGAAAGUCAAAGGCCCAUUAGGAGAGCUGGCUUUAACUUACCCACGCGAAGUUGAGCUCCUCAAAGAAGACUCCGGUUUCUUGAGAGUCAAGAAAACAGUCGAAACUAGAAGAGCUAACCAAAUGCACGGCCUUUUCAGGACGCUUACGGAUAACAUGGUAGUGGGAGUAUCAAAGGGAUUUGAGAAGAAGUUGAUAGUAGUGGGCGUUGGUUACCGUGCUACCGUGGAAGGGAAAGAGUUGGUUUUGAAUUUGGGGUUUUCACACCCGGUUAAGAUGCAGAUACCAGAGAGUCUGAAAGUGAAAGUGGAGGAGAACACGAGAAUCACGGUGAGUGGGUACGAUAAGAGUGAGAUAGGGCAGUUUGCUGCGACGGUGAGGAAGUGGAGGCCUCCGGAGCCGUACAAGGGUAAGGGAGUGAAGUACUCAGAUGAGAUUGUGAGGAGGAAAGAAGGCAAAGCUGGAAAGAAGAAGUGAUCUUGUUUUAUGUAUUUACAGUUUUACGUCUUGUCUCUUUUCAAUGUUGAUGUGUGUAUUGCUCAAAAUUUGCUUAGAAGAUUGAAGAUGUGUUGUUUUGGGAUUCUGGUGAUUUUUUAAACUGAAUUGUGAAGAGUUACUUAUGUGUAUGACCUACUGAAAGAUGGCCAAUCAAUUUAUUAACAUCUUGAACUGAA